UUCUUAGCCUACCCGACAGUAUCGGAUGACUGCUCAUUCAUUGACCAUCACGAGGGCCAAACGCCUACAAACGCGAUGCCUGCAAUUCCCCAACCGACGUCAUUUGUGAUCCGUCUUGAACGACCAAGCGGUCGACGAGAAAAAAAAAAGAGGCACUGCUCUGUGCAACAGUACAGCCAGUCACAAUGCGCAAAGGACACCCUGAAACGUCCCAGAGACCACAUUUUCCGGCUCGCUGCCGUUCACUACCGCGGUCAAGCGCGUUUUAUCACAAACCCAUCGAAUAGGCCAGGGUUUGUACGGGAAACCAAUGCUCGUUUCCGCCUGCAAAAUUGAUUUCCAUUGGUUGAAACGAUUGCAAUGCUGCUCUCUUGCCAAUACAAACGUCGCGGGCCUGGCUUGACACGCCACAAAACCGCGUUCAAGUGCAUAGAACAGGCGGGCACAUUAGAUGGAAAAAGCAAUGUCCAUCUCUAGAUUUCACCUUGAUGUCUAUGUCUUUUGUUGGUAUACUUGGACUACCGGAACUGUGGGAAACUGUGCUCUUCGGGAGUGUUGCAUGGCUGAAAUGAAGCUUGAUUUAAGAGUCCAAGGUUGGACAUACAACUGGUGAUGUCACCUAUAACCUCGAUAUACAGAGGAAGUGGCUCUUACUUAAUACAAGUCUCCGAACCCUUUCAAUCGAUACACGAUGGAGGAAGGGCGGAGUUUCCAUUGGAUGUCGUUUUGCUGUCUGUGCCUUUUUGACUUUUGCGAUGGGGACAGAGUGAUAAGACCUGGCCAUCCUUCUGAAUGUUCGUCUUUUCACUUAGGUCUGUUACUCCAAGUUAUUCCAAAUACUGAUUUGUCACUAUAGCGGGUUCUGGGGCACCAGCAACGGUUGAGUUCGACUACGAAACAUUGAUCUUCAAUCCGGAAAGCCCACGGUAUAUUUCACCACGCCAGUGGGGGAGAACCAGGUCCUUUGUUCUUGCUGCACACCUAGACUGCCAGAGAAGAUUCCCUCCUUUUGACAAGCACGUUGUAUCGAACCUCCUAUGCCAUGAUUUCCCACCCUCGGAUUCCCGAAAACAGGAAAGAAUGCUAGUUCUUCAACAGUGUUGCCUUGAUACUUCCGGGGAGCAUGCAGAUAUCACAUUGGACGCUCUUCAAGAACAGGCUCGAAUAGGCGUGAGAGACUUAAUUCUUGCACCAAACUUGGUGAAAUUCCUUGCUGGCAAAACGGCCAGAUAUUUACACUUCGUUGUCGAUCCAUCAAAACCAAUUUGGGGACUAUCUGCCAUGUUCGAAAAUGCUCGCUACCUCCAAGGCCUUUCAAACAAGGAUGGUAAAAACGCAUUCUUGGUGGUCUCCGACCCGCAGCAACUCUCAGACGGAGUCUAUAUCGCUUCAGACCACCUUGGAGUCAGGGCGGUCUCCUUUGGUGAGACCGAUGUGACACGAAGCUCCAACUAUGAACAGCCGGGAAUUUGGUGGACUUUCCAAAACACCAACAGGUCGCAGCGCUACUUUUUGAAAUGGUACAGUGAUGUGAGUCGGCCCGUGACUUGAGCGAAAGUCAGAGAAUUGACAAAGACCAAACCCGCAGGGCUUUAAAAUGCGCGACUUGCAUGUGGUGAAAUCGCCAGAAGACGUUCUGGCUCCGCUGGCAAGGUGGUCGUUGCUACCACCAAAUCCAGAAGCCAUCUGGUACUUGAACCUUGAUGACAGGGCCGGUGGUCGACAUUAUUUCAAGGUUUUGGAGUGUGAAAGUCCUGAGAUCACUGGCUAUUCAGCAUGCUUGCUUGACGACGACCUUCUUUACUUGCAUAGUCAUCGUGAGAGCGAGGACUUUUCAUUCUAUCGUGAAGGUCGAGGAGACCGACUACACGCAGUGUGGCUAUAUUUUCCAGUCGAGAAGCACGAGCGGAUCGUCGAAGUCUGGCGCCUUAGGAGAAGGCCAAAAUUCUGGCGCGAUAUCCUUCUGCUGCGAACGAACAAGGGACGCGUCUUCUUUCUAGGAGCAAACGCCAAUAUGGCCCAACCGGAUGCCAUCUUCGAACGUGUGGCCUUAUUAACCGCACAACCUUCUCGUCUCUGGCUCAGUUCUCAGGGAGACGGCGUCGACUGUCUUGCAUUCGAUUGUGAGGACAAACGCCACGACAAGAAUGAAGCCCCCCCAUCUUUCCACGACCCAUCUACAUGGUUCUCAAGGAUGAGUGUCGAGCAGGUCUUCAAUAAAUCGGUUAGACUUGGAGCUGUGACUGAAGUCGUGCCCUGCAGAACUUGGAUCCCAGGAUCUACGGGGAUUGUCGGUCUCAUCUUUGCCUACUCCGAUGGCUCGAGGGAGUCGGUAGGACAAGUUCGUCUUGAUCAUCUCCUUUCGCCCAUCGAGGUUGAUCCGGCUGGAGAGAUGUGGCUAGGGGCCAGACUGUUUCACCCCAGCGGCGCAGUCGUUGAGUCGAUGAGAGUGAUUCCGUCCACUGGCCAAACCUUCCAUGGUGGAAACCCUUCCCAGGAAGGAUUGACCUGGUUGAGGAUACUUUGGAGGGGUCGGCUGGACUGGAACUUUCUGUAUAGCAAAUGCUUCAUUAAUGUCAGCGAUCAGGCCAAUGUACAUCAACAUAUGGGUAUUGAUAUGUUGCUGGAGAGCUGGGCUGGGAGAGAAUGGGAGAAGGAGGAGGUAUCAGGGCAGCUUGUUGUGCGUGUCCGUUGAUAAGACACAUUGGCGCUUGAAGUAAAUUCGUUUAACAUUUCUUCCAAGAUAUCCAUGUUCCUUCAUAUCAGGCUAACAAGAUCCUCGCUCCAUCUUCCAACUCCAUAACAUCAUCUGCCCUCGCUGCUUUCCCACCCCAAAUCACCGUCCCAGUCCCAUCAAUAGCAAAAGCUCCAGCUUCCUGCCACUUAUUCCCCAUUGUCGUCAAAGGCCCAUCGUCUUCCUCAUCGUCCAUACUGUUAGUUUUCAUUGGUUUCUUCUCAUUCAUCUCCUUCCUCUGUAUCGCUCCAGCUACCUUCUCUCCCAACCAUCCCGACUCCUUCCAUCCCUGCACUUGCGUCGUUGGAUUGAGCACAUACCACAUACUACUUGUUCCUAAACCCCAUGCUGCAUAAAUAGCUCUCUCCUCAUCAACUAUAACGCGAACGCUCCAUGCGCCGCCGAGGAGGGAUACCCACUUUUGAGUUGCUUGCUCAGAGGCGUGGGAUACGGCUAUGCAUGUUAAUGCAUCUCCAUACCGGUUCGCCAUUGUACGAAGAUUAAUGAAUGUCUUUUGAGCAACUGCAC